AUGGCCUCCUCAGUUGCCAAAGACAAGGAAGAUAUGCCUUCACCAACGCCAAUCCAACCAUCAACCGCACUUACUGAAAAGACUCAGAAAAUCGCAAAUGAGACCCCCCAGAGUGGAUACCAGGGCAGUUUCGCCAGCUGCCUCCAACUACAUAACCACAAUCAGCCAAACUUCAGUGCGGACACCGACGUCAUCUGCACCCCAAUUCGUCAGCUUCAUGAGGCAGCACACCAUCACCCACCACUUAAUCAAUCCCAAGAUCACAUGAAUAAGAGAUGUGUUGUUAAAAUGAACCACUUCAUUUUUCGAACAAACGUGGUGACAUUUGGUUUCGUGAGCAGUUGA